CGGCCCGGUCCGUAAUGACGCUAAAUGACGCCCAGUGACACACAUCGCAGAGCGCCGGACGCUCCGGUCGGGAGCAGCGUGACCACCUGGCCGAUCGAGCUCGACACGCGCGCCGCCGGCGGGUUGUCACGGGCCUUCACCGGUUCCGCUGGCACGGAGCUCAUGUGGGCGGAGACCGGUGGCUCUCUUAGUGCACUGGAACACCGCCGGCGGCCAGACCAGCUCGGUACCGGACGCCGCCCCCGAUCCGGGCAAGGUCGCCGCCGGCUGGGUCAGCCUCGCUUUCACGAUCAGCCAGUGCAGCCAGCCUUCGCCCAGACGUGAGAAAAUAUACUGCCAAGGCCGGCGUGCGCCGCAGCCGCCGCGGCUGAGCCUAGCUCUCAGAUCAGCGCCGACGACUCGCCCGGACGAAAGCCUCCGCGAGUGCGUUCGGACACGCGCCUUGGCCGCUGCGAAAACAAAUAUUUGCGCGCAAAUUUGGUUUCCGCCCGCUCGCUGGGCGCCACAUCGCGAACGACUCGUGUGGGCGAAGGUGAAGUGAGAUCGAGGCAUGUCGACCAAAAUGCGGAAGAUCUCUCUGCAGGUGAACCGCACCGCCAUGAACCUGCAGUCCCGCUCUCGCAAGCUGUCGCUGCAGGUGGCUGGCAAGCCGCCGGCGAACCGUGGCACCAAGCCCUUCCCCAAGUUCGGCACCGACUUCGUCAUCCACGUCACCACCGGCGACCGGGACGGCGCCGGCACCGACUCCAACGUGUUCGUCCGCCUGUUCGACGGCAAGGGCAACCAGACGGAGGCCAUCAAGCUGGAUCGUCCGCUGCGCAACGACCUGGAGCGCGGCGCCACCGACUCGUUCCCGGCGCGUGGCGCCGACGGCUUCGGCAACAUCGAGCGCAUCGAGCUGUGGCGCGACAACUUCGGUGUCAGCCCCGACUGGUACCUGGAGCGGGUGGUGGUCGAGCACCGGUCGCGCACGCGCUACGUGUUUCCGCUGCUGCGCUGGGUGCAGGCGGGCCGCCACUACAACGUGUUCCAGUACGACUGCAGUCUGCCUCAGGAUGACCGCUACCCGGAGGAUCGCCGGCACGAGCUGCAGCAGCGCCGCCGACGGCUCAAAAAGGAGCAGCAGCUGAUGGCCGAGGACAAACGGGAGUCGGCCACGGAAAAGCAGCGCAAGAAACUUCUAUUGAAAGUGUCAACGAUUGUUCCCAAAUGGUCACAGAAACCCUGGCUGGCACUUUACGACAUGAGAAAACUAUUCAAGAAUGGUCUGGAUGAACCCAUGUGCGCUGCCGUAUGGAGGGACGACACUUGGUUCGGUCAGCAGCGUCUGGAGGGCGUCUGUCCACGGCUGAUCCGGGCCUGCUCCAAACUGCCCGACAAGCUGGCGGUGACGGAGGCCAUGCUGCUGCCCGCUCUGGAGGGAUCCUCUCUGGCUGAAUGUUUCUCCCAAGGCCGGGUGUUCACCGUUGAUCUCGGACUGAUGCACGGCCUCAAAGACGUCAACGGCCACGAGGUGGUGGCUCCGAUCGGUCUGUUCCUGCUGAACAGGUCAGGAGAGCUGACACCUCUGGCCAUCCAGCUGUUUCAAAGACCCGGACCCGACAACCCGGUAUUCCUAUCGACGGACAAGGGCCACGUCUGGACACUGGCGAAGAUGUUCUUCAACAUGGCAGAGGCGCAGUACCAGUACGGAUUCCUCUACAGAGGUAUCUGUGUGGAGAUGAUGAGCUACGUGGCCCAGUGUACCGAACAGCUGCUGUCACCGUCACACCCCGUCUACAAGCUGCUCGCGCCCCACCUCACCCCGCUCAUCUCGGCCUCGCACUGCGCCUCCAGGACCAUGGACCACUGGCUGGACAGGUGCACCACGAUGGGGGCCAAGGGCAUGCAAGCUAUCAUGACCAAGGG